AUUAUUUGGGAUGUGUAGUCAUCUUGUAUAACUUUCGCUGUGUAACUGGAGAUGACAGAAACUACACCUCCCAAAUAACAUUGCGAUUAAUUGCUUCUCUAGUUUCACGGAGUAUAGCUAGUUCACUACUUAAAAAUCCCGUUUCAUGACUGACUUUAUUUAUAAACAAAUACUUAUCCGUUCUCAUGGCGGAAUCUGCAGCCUGUCCUACAUUCCAGCUUGGAAAACCUCGAUAUGAUCAGAGUUCAUUUCUUGGCCGGCUGAAACACUUUGUAGAGAUCAUUGACCCCAGCACACUCUUUGUGUCUGAGAGACGAUUGACAGAAUGCAUUAAGCUCCUGGAUGAAUUUAAACACGGAAAACUACCACCGGGAGUUUCUGAUCUACAGCUAUGGGAAGCCCAAAAGGUCACGCAGGCCAUCAUUCAUCCUGACACAGGAGAGAAGAUUUUCAUGCCUUUUCGAAUGUCAGGUUAUGUCCCAUUUGGAACACCAAUUGUUGUGGGCCUUCUUCUUCCAAAUCAGACUGUGGUAUCCACCAUUUUCUGGCAGUGGCUUAACCAGAGUCACAAUGCCUGUGUCAACUACUCAAACCGCAAUGCUACUAAGCCUACACCGACAUCCACGUUUCUUCAAGGUUACUUCGGAGCUGUGACCAGUGCUGUCUCUCUUGCGGUAGGACUGAAUGUACUGAUUCAGAAAGCCAACAGGUUGAGUCCAGCGACCCGAAUGAUAAUACAGAGACUCAUCCCUUUCCCAGCUGUGGCCAGUGCCAACAUUUGCAACGUGGGCCUCAUGAGGCACAAUGAGCUGUCGGAGGGCGUCGACGUGCUGGACGAAAAUGGGAACAUAUUGGGCUCCUCAAAGAUUGCUGCCAAACAUGCAAUUAUGGAGACAGCCUUUACCAGAGUGGUCCUCCCGAUGCCAAUCUUUGUCCUUCCUCCCAUAAUUAUGUCCUACCUAGAAAAACUUCCAUUGCUGCAAAUGAAUCGGAGGCUGUUGCUGCCCAUCCACAGCCUGGUGUGUCUGGCUACCUUCAGCCUCUCCCUGCCCCUGGCCAUCAGCCUAUUCCCACAGAUCUCUCAGAUAGAGGUGUCUCAGCUUGAGCCGGAGAUCGCAAUGGCAACCGAUUGCAAGGUGGUGACCUACAACAAGGGACUGUGAUGACUGGCCCCCGAGGAGAGAGUAGAGGACAGGGCACUGAACAGAAGUGCAAAUUAGCCUCCUUUUUGACUGGCUGUAACGGACACUCCAGGUCUCUCUCUGGUGUAGGGUGAAGUUGCCCCUAGACGCUGAUCUUGGCUCAGCUUUGUAUUUUCCCACUAAUGGAUUGGGGAGGAGAAGCUUAUCCCAGAUCUGAGCCUAGGGGAAACUUCACCCUGGAUCUCUGUCUCUCAUAGCAUGGUAACAGCUCCAGGCGCUUUUUGCUGCAUUAAAAUAGUGUAGCAUAGAUAAUGUACUGUCUUAAUCAAUGGUUUUAAUACAACACAUUCCAUGGAAUGUGAAAAUUAUGCAAAUCAGUAAGGAUUGAGGGAGGUUAAUGGAACAAUAUUGUUGUCAUAUGUAAUAUGUUGUAAUAUGUUAUGAUGGAACUUUAUUAUGUAAUGCCCAUACCAUACCAGCUAUUUCGCAAUUGGUCAUGCUGAUCAACCCAAUUGUUAAAAUUUUUAUGAGAUGUUUUUAUUGUUGACCUGAAGUUUAAAAAAUCAAAUCAAAUCAAAUCAAAUUUAUUUAUAUAGCCCUUCGUACAUCAGCUGAUAUCUCAAAGUGCUGUACAGAAACCCAGCCUAAAACCCCAAACAGCAAGCAAUGCAGGUGGAGAAGCACGGUGGCUAGGAAAAACUCCCUAGAAAGGCCAAUACCUAGGAAGAAACCUAGAGAGGAACCAGGCUAUGUGGGGUGGCCAGUCCUCUUCUGGCUGUGCCGGGUGGAGAUUAUAACAGAACAUGGUCAAGAUGUUCAAUGUUCAUAAAUGACCAGCAUGGUCGAAUAAUAAUAAGGCAGAACAGUUGAAACUAGAGCAGCAGCACAGUCAGGUGGAAGUUGAAACUGGAGCAGCAGCAUGGCCAGGUAGACUGGGGACAGCAAGGAGUCAUCAUGUCAGGUAGUCCUGGGGCAUGGUCCUAGGGCUCAGGUCAGUUGAAACUGGAACAGCAGCAUGGCCAGGUGGACGGGACAGCAAAAAAAAAAGUUUAAGUAAAAGAUACAAUCUAAAAUAGUUUUACAAUCACAUUAAUCAGUGUUGAGUGAUAGAUCCUGACAGACUGUUACAUACCCCUUGACUUAUUCCACAUUGUUUUGUUACAGCCUGAAUUCAAAAUGGUUUGGAUAGAUUUGUUUUCUCUCACCCAUCUACACACAAUACAGAAAUAUACAAUUUACAUACGUAUUCACACCCCUGAGUCAAUCACAUGUUAGAAUCACCUAUGGCAGUGAUUACAGCUGUAAGUCUCUACGAGCUUUGCACACCUGGAUUGUACAAUAUUUAUACAUUAUUUUAAAAAUUCUUCAAGCUCUGUCAAGUUGGUUGUUGAUCAUUGCUAAACAUCCAUUUAAGUCUAGCCAUAGAUUUUCAAGCCUAAUUAAGUCAAAACUGGAAGUAGGCCACUCAGGAACAUUCAAUGUUGUCUUGGUAAGCAACUCCAGUGUAUAUUUGGCCUUGUGUUUUAGGUUAUUGUCCUGCUAAAAGGUUGUUGAUCCAUCCUCCAUUUCUCCUAUCACAGCCAUUAAACUCUGCUCAAAGGGAUAUUCAAUGUUUGCUUUUUUGUUGUUGUACCCAUCUACCAAUAGGUGCCCUUAUUUUGAGGCAUUGGAAAACCUCCCUGGUGUUUGAAUCUGUAUUUGAAAUUCACUGCUCGGCUGAGGAACCUUACAAUUAUCUGUAUGUGUGGGGUACAGAGAGGAGGUAGUCACUCAAAAUCAUGUUCAACACUAUUCUUGCACACAGAGUGAGCCAAUGCAACUUUAUUAUGUAACUUGUUUAGCAAAUAUUUUCUCCUGAACUUAUUUAGGCUUGCCAUAACAAAGGGGUUGAAUACUUAUUGACUCAAGACAUUUCAGAUUUUCAUUUAUAAUUCAUUUGUAAAAAACUCUAAAAACAUUCCACAUUGACGUUAAUAGUGUGUGUAGACCAGUGACACAAAAUGUGGAAAAAGUCAAGGGGUGUGAAUACUUUAUGAAGUCACUGUAUAUCAAAAGAUGGCCAUCCUGUAAUCAUCUCCAUUCUACUGUUCUAUUUAAUUCUGUGUUCAUGGCAAAAUAUAUUGUCUGUAAACAUAAUCUCAAUUGAAUCCAUUUAAAAUUCAGGCUUUAACAUAACAACAUGUGGAAAUAGUCUAGGGGUGUGAAUACUUUAUGAAAGCACUGUAUAAUGUGAAAGAGCAGGCUAGGCUAUUCUGUAGGCUACUUGAGUCUGACGUAAAGAUUACAAAGAGGCCCCUGUCCAGAAACGGCCCCUAGCCUCUACACCCCGUACCACAGGCUAUGAUUGAAUCGCAGUUCUCCACCCUCCUCCCUAGGUGUGCACCAUCAUGGAUUUAAAAGCACUGGAUUGGUGUAAGAUUCCACCACUAUUAUGGGGAAUGUGCAAGUGCACACUUGGGGAGAAGGGUGGAGAAUCGGGAUGCAGCCUAGGUCUGUUUCUUGACUAGGGCCAUUCUAGGACAUUCUAUAGAGGAAGUCGGUUUGUGGACCAUGGUUGCUAAAAAUAAAAUUUUCUAUUCUACGUUGUA